UGCCGAGGUGGGCGGGGAGGUCAGGUGACCCGGCAAGGCGUCCCAAGAUGGCGGCGGCAGCGGCGCCCGGGAGGCCGAGGCACCGUCCGGGCUGCUGAGGCGGGCCCCGCGCGCCUGGCGGCGGACGGGACGGGCCGAGGGCUGGCGAGCGGACGGACGCCGCCCCUGCGCGCCCCGCGGCCGGGGCUGAGCCGUGCGGCGGCGGCGGCGGCGGCGCCGGGGGAUGCUCGUGCUGGGCCCGGCCUCUCCCUCUUCAACUUAGGGCGGCGGCGGGCCCGCGCCCCUGGCUCCCGGGCCAUGGCGCUGAGGGAGCUCAAAGUGUGUCUGCUGGGGGACACAGGUGUAGGCAAAUCGAGCAUUGUGUGGCGGUUCGUGGAAGACAGUUUUGAUCCAAACAUCAACCCAACGAUAGGGGCAUCUUUUAUGACCAAGACUGUCCAGUACCAAAAUGAGCUACAUAAAUUCCUAAUCUGGGAUACAGCUGGACAAGAACGAUUUCGUGCCUUGGCGCCUAUGUACUACCGAGGCUCGGCUGCAGCCGUGAUUGUUUAUGACAUCACAAAAGAAGAGACGUUUUCAACAUUAAAGAACUGGGUGAAAGAGCUGAGGCAGCAUGGCCCGCCCAAUAUCGUGGUUGCCAUUGCAGGAAAUAAGUGUGAUCUUAUCGACGUCAGAGAAGUCCUGGAGAGAGAUGCUAAGGACUACGCCGACUCCAUCCAUGCGAUUUUCGUGGAGACCAGUGCGAAAAAUGCAAUAAACAUAAAUGAACUCUUUAUAGAAAUUAGUCGAAGAAUCCCGUCCGCUGACGCCAGCCCCCCAUCUGGCGGGAAGGGCUUCAAGCUCCGGAGACAGCCUUCCGAGCCACAGCGAAGCUGCUGCUGACCAAGCUGCGGCCUUCCGGGCUGAGUGACGAAGUGUCCAGGCCAGGAACCAUCGGGCUCCAGAACUCUCCUUUCACACAAGUGUUUUUCUGAUUCUAUGAUAACUAAUUAACCAUCAUUUGGUGAUUAAAAGAACAUAAAGUAAGAGUAUGAUUAAGUGUCCUUCAUUUGAAACUCUCUGUAACAAGUGAUUGGGGAGAAGUACCUAUUAGGAGCCCUUCUGGUUCCAAAUGAGACUCCAUCACCUGCUUUCAGCCGCGGGCAGGCUGAGCGCUACGCGGAGUAGCUGAAAGAUUCCCUCCCUCUAAAAUAACACUUUCCUUGUUCCCCGUUUAUGAUUAUGUUUGAAGCGGACGCCUCCCAUAUCAGAGGGUUGAGCCCUUUGUAUUAGAGGCUUGACCUCCCCCUUUCAGUGGGCUGGUGCCCUCCUCGAGGUGAUCAAUUCUCAUUAUUUUUAAAUACAUUAAAAAGGGAAAGAAGAGCACAUUUCGUUUCUAGAACUUCCCUUUUGAGUCUUGGAUUUAUUUUUGUUCUAUUCUCAAGAAGGAAAACAGGUCUAGGAGAUCUUCUAAAUUAAAACUCUGGGAGAUAAUAGUAAUGAAAAUGGCCUUUCGACAACUCUUUGUGGCUCUCCUGGUGAUACCAGACCAAAAUAUCUGUACUUUCCCAGCCCUGCGUUCAGAUGGACAGGUUUGAGUCAGAUCACAUUGCGGUAGUUGGCGUGUCCGCCUCAGAGCGUGAAAAGGUGUUUGUUCGUUGUCUUCUGCAGCUGUUAAUGUUCCGUGGGUGAGCUGCGAAAGAAGAUCUAUAAAUUCUUAGAAGCGCUUUUUCCCAUUCUUUUGUUGUUUUUUGUUUUUGUUUUUCCCAGAGCUCCCUGCGAACCUGCUUCCCGCCCCCUUGGUUACAUAAGACAGAGGAGCGUGCUGUGUUACAUAGGACAGAUGGGCAGAAACCUGUAGGAGAGAUGAGAGAAUCCUUUCCUUCUGGGGAAAAGUCACUGAAAGCCCCUCACCUCUGACACCUCCUCGGUUCCUGCUUUACAACUUUGUGGCGGAAGGCAGCCCGCAAACUCGGGCUGGCUCUCUUCUCUGUCUUCUGUAAAUGUUCCUCCCACCUCUGUGGUGAUGGAAGGUAAAGGCAGGAAAUCAGCUAGCUGGUGUGAGUUUGUGGAAAAGCUUCCUUUUUUAUAUUUGUUUUAAAGGGACUUAGCUGCGUGACUUCUGUUUACAGUUUGACUUCAGGAGAUCCUCUACCUCUUAACGGUUAAUGUGGUUUAAAGGAAGAAAUGGAAGGUACCUUUAAGGACCAAGCUAUCACUGUAUGCCCGCCUUCAGUUAGCUUGGUCCAUCAGAAGUUCAGCAGCACAAGGGGAUAUUUAGGAGACUUAUUUUAACCCCUGUGCUACUGUUAUAAAAAGUAGUCCAAGCAACAGAUUUAUUCGGGAGACACGCAUUAUGCUGCAUGGUUUUAGCAAAGGGUGGUUGAGUGGGAAUUUAGCCUAGGAGCGGGAGAAAUGGCCUCUCCCAGUUCCUCUGGACAGAGAGUUCCUCGUCUUGAUUUCCAGUAAUAGAAAUCCAGGCAAUUUGAUUAUCCGAUUUGCAAAAAACACUAAUGGCAUUCUGGGGGCAUUUGUCCUCUUUUAUGUGCAAAUGAAAGUCUAAAAAAUAUUAGAAGGGUAUUACAUUUUUCAGAAGCCUCUACUUUUUCAGUCUAAGAGAAUGAUAAGAGAGACCCGGUGUGAUGAAGUUUCAUUAGACAUAAUGAAGAAAGGGAAUAAAUAAAACUGAGAAUCCCCAUAUUUCUCUGUUUGUCCUUCAGGAUUCUCUGAGUAUAUAGGAAAAUGAUUUACUUUCCAAAUCUAGAAGGACAUCCAGUAGGCAUAGAUCAACUUUAAUUUGAUGGUCUGCACCAUCAGAAAUAACUAAUAUCUGUGUUCUUUCCUUUUAGAGGAUAAUCAAUAUAGAUGCUAGGAUAUUUUCAGCUUCAAAACAAAAGGAUUCCGAAGUUUAAUAGAAAGAAAAAUUUUAAACCUUUCGUCUUCUCCUUUUACUGCAUUGAAUAUUUUAGACAGUGAGACGAGGCUGUGUCACCAGGAGACACUGGAAGUAAAACCACGGAGUCUGAACAAAUUGAACAGAAACAAAAAUGUUUAUAUUUACCCCGGUGCCCCGGACCUCAUCAGCAUGCUUCAUAAACAAGCACAGUUCUGGAUAGCUUUCCAUGAACAGGAAUCCACUUGCCCAGAAUUUCAGCUAAUUAAUGGGAAAUCCUAAGGUAGUAAUGAUUUUUUGAAAAAGCCCUCUUUAAUUGGCAGUUUUAAAGUCCAGAUCUUAGCGUUCCCCCUAAUCAUGCAGAAGAAGCAAAACACACUGGUGUCCAUGCCACUUCUUGAUUCAGGAACUUCUCGUUGUUUCUGGAAGCCAGUUGUUUAAUGCAGCGGUUGUAAGGACCGCAUCUUUGAGUAGCAUACUGCGCCUGAGGCCGGUAAUCUUUGCUCAGAACUGAAAUCGUCCAGGAGACUCGCACAUCUUGCUCCGGGUUGUAGAAAAGCAGAGCCCACCUCCUCUGUCGGGCGAGCCCAGAGCCCCCCGGCUCCCCAGCUGGCGUGUGGCAGGUGGCACGCCCCAGCCCCACUCUGAGGCAUGCAUUUCGCUCUGGGGCUUCGUUCUAGUACCGGUUGGGCUUGAUCACUUUUUUAAUCGAAUGUGUGCUUGAAUAGCCUGUUUUGCCCCCUGAAACACUCAGAAGGCGAGGCUGAAGUCUGGGGGCCUCUGCUGACUCCGCAGAUGAGGUUAUGACACAGUUGAUGAAACUUCGUCUUAAUGUGGGCCUUGCACGUGAUGUCAGAGUGACUGGUCGAUCGGGCUGGGAGGCGGGGGGAGUUCUCGGCAGCUGGGCAGUCAGAGCAACUGAUGGGUGGCUCUAUGCUUAAACCAUUUGUUGUCUUGUGUAGACAGGGCUGUGUUACCCUGGAAAAGAUUUUUCUUUUUUUACUCUCCGCCAGCUCCGUCUUUCCAUCAUUUCGCCUGAUGAGUCAUUCACAUCAUUGUCCAUCAUGCCUCUGACCUUCUUAAGAAUCGAUGUCUUGCCUUCUCUGUGAUUGAAACAGACUUCUUGCCUUACUUCUCUUCUUCUCACUUCGCGGUGGGUUCUCCCUUCAGGACGCACAGCACCAGCCACCUCCUUAGUGCAUGUGACACUUUCCCUGGGCGCGGCAGUGGGCUGCGCCCGCCACGUGCAACGAGCGCUGGCAGAAAUCUCGAAGGCUGAUCUUAGGCCAGGAGCUCCCAUACUUGCAGAAAGGGAGUGAGCAGCACCGGUGGACAGUGGCCACAGGACUGAGUGACAGAACGGUUUUUAGAGUCGGUGAUGAGGUAGUUUGUCAGAACGGCGCGUGGUUUCUAACAGCGUUGGUUAAGCAUGUAGAGACACAUGUCUGAAGUCUUGAAGAGAAACAGCCGUGGAGAUGAGCCUUGACCUUUAAAAACGAACAAAAAAAUAAACAAACAGAAGCUAUGCUGUCAUACCAGCAGCUCUUGUGUCUCCUAAGAAUGUCAUGCCUUUUCAAGACCCGAUGCAAGGAGUAAGAUAUUUGUGCCUUUCUAUAAUAGCAUCUAUUAUGAAAAACACACACACACACACACAAUGAAGUUGCUUACAGUUUAGGCCGCUUUGUAGCACUAGAAACAGCCCGCAUGUAUAGCCCUGGCUUCACCGCAUGUCGCAUCGCUUGACUACCCAUGAUGCAAUACGUCGGUGGGGGGGAGGGGUGGCCAAGGUCAUAUGGACGUCAAAGACUUUAUUUUUGCAGUCUUUACCUUGGGCUGGACCUAAGUCUACAUGUAAACCCUAUGAUGUCUGUAUUGUUUCUUGAUGCUGACAAAAGAAAACUAAAUCUUUUGAGUUUUCGUUGUUAAGAUUUUUCUUUUUAUACGUAAUGCUGAUAGUAGGUCGUUUGCAAGCGGUGGUAGAUUUGGCAUACUUUCAUUAUACUGUGUUGUUUUAGCUUGCGUAUUCUAUAAUCAACUUUUAUAGAGCAUAACGUGCUAAAUCACUCCAAAGUUUGUUGUAUUGUAAGAAGGGUGUAAACAUUUUGUUAAUAAAAUGCUAUGUUUACAAAUACA